AUGGCGACGUCCAAACUCUCGCCGGCAGUGGCGUCGCUGGUCUUAUCACAGAAUGGCUCCAUGGGACCAGUGGUGGUGGAGUUUGCCGCGUUGCCAGCAUUCGAAGCCAAUGCGCUGGCCGCCCUGCCACGGGCGGAACGGCUCAAGGCUGUUACAACCCACCUGCAACGCGCAACUGGUCGGCUACGGCGGACAUGGCACCGCCGUGACCGCGGCCGCGGUAGGGGGCUCCCGCGCGGGCUCCGAGGCGUGGCUCCAGAGCAAUGUGGCUUGGCGCCUCAUGUGAUCGUGAACGGAUGGCACACUUCCAACUCGGACUGGUUCACUCCCAUGCUGGUCGCGUGGACUCACGGCGGCAUCGUGCCCGUGUUUGGCAGCGGCCUCGCCGUUAGCUACUUCAGUCGCGGCUACCACCGACGUCAACGCCGUCACGUCGUUCAGUCGGCUAGGCCCGGCAGAGGACCGACGCGUCAAGCCCGACAUGGCGGCCCCGGUCAGGGGGUGCCCACCGCGGAUGCCACCGCACCGUACGUCUUGUGCAGUGGCGCGUCCUUGGCCGCUGCGUAUACGGCGGGCGUCAUCGCCCUCGUUGGCCGCCACGACGACGGCGGCCUGUCAGACAAAAAAGUGCCCAAUAAUGUGGCGGGGCUGUUGAAUGUAUGGAAUGCGCUCAAGGCAUUUGUUGUCGUGGCACCUCCCGUAGUAAACGUCACGACGACGAAUGCUCCCAAAACUACUGCCGCCACUUCGAAGAUGCCAAACAACACCACCUACUUCACCGCAUGA